AUGGGAGCAUGGGCUAUGCUGUGUGGAGUCUCACUGAUUUGUGUGCUGGACCUAGGUCAGGAGUGUGUGGUUGAGCCUAGCUGUGGCCGUGACAGCUGCCAGCAUGGGACUGGCACCAACAAACGCUGCUGCACAUCCAUUCCGUGUGCUCCAGGCAUGGAGGUCUGUCCUAAAGAAAAGUGUGUAUGUGUUGUGCCGGAGUACCACUGUGAAGACCCUCAGUGCAAGACCUGCAAGCAUCACCCCUGCCAACCAGGCCAGAAGGUGCAGUCUCAUGGAACUAUUAAGUUUGGUUUCGAGUGUGUUGACUGUGCCAAUGGCACCUUCUCCGCGGGUCGUGAGGGCCACUGCAGACCUUGGGCCAAUUGUGCCCAGUUUGGAUUUCUCACCAUGUUCCCUGGGAACAAGACCCACAAUGCUGUGUGCAUCCCGGAGCCACUGCCCACUGAGCAAUAUAGUCAUUUGACUGUCAUCUUCCUGGCCAUGGGAGCGUGCAUUCUUUUUGUAACCACAGUUCAGCUUGGCCUGCAUGUAUGGCAGCUGAGGAGACAGCACAUAUGUCCCCGAGAGACCCAGCCAACCCUGGAGGUGCAGUUACCACCAGCUGAGGAUGCUUGUAGCUUCCAGUUCCCUGAGGAGGAGCGUGGAGAGCAGAUGGAAGAAAAGUGUCGUCUGGGGGACCGGUGGCCAUGAGGCCUGUUUCUCCUCUACCCCAUGCCAGGCCCUCUAAGACUUGUCCAGACCUACCCUUAGUGAGAGCAAGGGCUAUGCUGUGCCUCCUUCCCUGAGCCUGGCCCUGCUCCACUCGACAAUGGCAGGAGUAAGAUGUUGACAGUGGUGAGUUACAGUUGACUGUGAAAAAGAGGUAACUACAACCACGCCCGAUAGCUGCCUUCUUUUGCCAGCUCUGUUGGAGUAGGGAUUUUGGGCCCUCCAAGAGCACCGAGGGUUCAGACUUUGUACUGGUGGUCUUCAAUAAAGACUUGUCUAGUAACCUGAGGAAAGCAAGGGCUUUCCCAGGGCUGCAUUUAAAGA